CCCCAGGCCGGCAAGGGCCGAGAUGUCCAGCAGGUAAACCUCAGAUUUCACGGGGCAGCCGCAACGUAUACCAUGUCCUUUCCAGCUGACGGUGUUGAGCAUCGCACCAACAACCUCAUGUCUGUCGCCGUCAUCGAAGCUCCCGACUACAACGCCUACUCGCAGUGCGUGUUCCGCUCAGCCGGCGACGCCCAGGUGACCUUCACAAGCAGCAUCUCGCCCGACGGCACCAACCUGGUCUUGGUCGGCCCGCCCCAAGCCAUUGUUUCUGUCAAGUGCGAAGGCAUGUGCGUGCCCAACUACAGCGACUGCUACGCGAAUGGCCAACCCGUUGGGCCCUGCUGCAAUGGAUACUGCGCGGCAAACAAGUGCCGGCCAUGGAACCUUCUUUAACCACGUCGGGGGAGGGAAUGGAGUGUGGAUGGCGGCAGUUCGGUCUCUUGUUAGGGCUUGUACAUUGUAAGCCUGAGGGUUGAGUGAUGAUGGGGUCUUGACUGAGGACAACCUGGAGUUGAGGAGGGGCACCGGAGAUGUGUUUAUACAUUAAGGAG